AUGAGAUUAUAUCUUUUAUCUCUAGUUUUGGUGUUAUGGGUUGGUAUGACUUGGGCACACUAUGACCCAAGAAAUAAUAACAACAAUAAUAACGACUGGAACAACAACAAUAACAACGACAACUGGAAUCAAGGUGGUCACCACGGAGGUCAUCAUGGAGGUGCUUUAGCUUGUAAGAAUUGUAAAGUGGGCGAAUAUUGUGCAAUUCAAAACGGUAAAGCUCAAUGUUUGAAGAAACCAACACCACCACCACACCAUGGUGGUCAUCAAGGUGGUAACGAUUGGGACAAAGGCAACCAAUGGGGUCACAAGAAUAACAAUGAUUGGGACAAGGAAAACCAAUGGGGUAACAACAAUAACAAUGAUUGGAAAGGAGGAAAAGAUAAGGAUGAUAAGGGUCACCAUGGUGGUGGUAGCUGGGGUGGUGGUGAUGAAUGGAAUAAUGGAAAAAGUCACAUUUUAUGUGGUGAAUCCUUCUGUCCACCAGGUCAUAAAUGUUUAAUUCAACAUGGCCAUGCUAUUUGUAGAAAAAUUCAAGGUCAUCAAGGUGGUGCAUGGGAACAUGGUUGGAAUCACCACCAUAAACCACAAAAACCAAGAUGUGGUAGAGAUGGUUUCUGUAAAGAAGAUCAAUAUUGUGCAAUGGUAAACCACGAACCAAGAUGUGUUUAUUAUCCAAAUGACAAUGGUCCACAAUGUGGUGGUCAUUUCUGUAGAGAAAAUCAAAUUUGUGUUUUAGAAAAUGGUGUAUUAAGUUGUCUUAAUAGUCCAAAUGGAGAGGAGAGAACUAACUGUGGUCAAUUCCAUUGUAACUGGAAUGAAUAUUGUAUUAUGGUAAAUGGUUAUCUCCAAUGUAAUUCUAAUAAUGGAACAGCUCCAUUCGCUUGUGGACUUACAACUUGUAAUCCACCAGAAUUAUGUAUUACUAUUGAAGGUUGCAAACAAUGUGUUGGCCCACCAAAACCAGAAUUUAACUGUGGUAAUAAGCACUGUAAUCCUGAUGAAGAACAAUGUAUUAGAAUCCAAGGUGUCUAUAAAUGUAUUCACAAACGUCAAACCUGUGCAACAAAGAAAUGUGAUACUGGCAAACUUUGUAUUAUGGUAAAUGGAGAUGCUCAAUGUGUUGUCCCUCCAUCAACACCACCACCAUCAUCAUCUGAUUCAUCUGCUUCAUCUGCUGCUUCAUCUGCUUCAUCUGCUGCUUCAUCUGCUUCAUCCGCUGCUUCAUCUGCUUCAUCCGCUGCCUCAUCCGCCUCAUCCGCUGCCUCAUCCGCCUCAUCAUCAGCAUCGUCAGAAUCAUCAUCAGCUGCACCAACAACCACUACUACUGAUGCAGCCACUACUACUGAUGCAGCCACUACUACUGCUGAUGCCACUACUACUGCUGAUGCCACUACUACCGCUCCAGCCACUACUACUGCUGAUGCCACCACUACUGCUCCUGCAACCACUACUGCCAAAUUCGUUAUUCCACAAAGAAAAGUAGCAGAAAGAUCAAGAGGUUCAGUCAACACAAUUAGAAGUGCUAAACCAGCAUCACGUGAUUCUAGACCAGUUAAUCACAACGUUAGACCAGCUGCCCAUGCUAAACCAAACAACAAUGCUAGACCAGCUGCUCAUGCUUCAAAACCAGUUAACCACAACGCUAGACCAGCUGCUAACAACAGACAAAACAAUAACAUUCGUAACCGUCAUUAA